AAACGCUUUUUCUAAAACUGAGGGAAGAGAUGAAAAUCCAAACAAAAACAUUAUCAGAAACUUUAUCUACUACUAUGGAUGAAAAAUUGAAGCCUCUUCGAGAAGAGAACGAAAAACUCAAGGAAGAAGUAGGAACAUUAAAGACGAAAGUCCAUAUAUUAGAGAAGGAGAAUAGGAAAAAUAACCUCAUACUUCAUAAAGUUAGUGAAGUCGAGACAUCCAACAACGAUCUAUUACAACUGGUUGUAGAAACAUUGAAUAAACUAAGUGAAAACGCAAGUAUGGAAAAAUGGGAUAUCUGGGAAAUCAGUAAAGCACAAAGACUUGGGAAGAAAGGAGACAGACCAAGACCAAUACUAGUGACAGUAACAUUAACAUGGAGGAAAAUCGAAGUUCUUAAGAACAACAAGCAGUUCCAUGACAACAUCUAUGCUACUGAAGACUUUCCAAAAGAGAUUCUUAUGAGGAGAAAGGAGCUGAAAGAAAAAAUGAAACAAGAACUAGAGAAUGGAAAGAAAGCGUACAUCCGAUAUGACAAACUUAUUGUAAAGGAUGUUCCGAGUGGAAACGAAACUCCUAAAGAAAAAAGGAAGCGAUCUCCCACCCAAUCUCCAAAUAAUGCUCAAGGGAGCUCAGAGAAUCCAACCGAAGCACUUGAGAAAAAACAACCAAGCAAAAAAAAAUAAAGUAGAUGCUUAUGCUCUUAUGCGUUCGAACACAAAGCAAUAACAAUUAACAGGCAUCCGGGAGAAAGAACCAAAACUAAAACACAAACACAACAACUUAACAUUCCCCAACCCGGCUGGUCCCCGUGGGGAUUAUGACCACCACCCCCUAGAAGAAAUAGAACUAAAUGUAAAGAACUCGACGAAACCCAAAUCGAAAAGAGAAUAUAUCAACAUAGCAACACUUAACACGAGAACCCUAAGAACGGACGAAUCACUGGUAGAAUUAGAUUAUUCCUUAAACCUAAUAAAUUGGGAUAUAAUUGGGCUAAGUGAAGUAAGAAGAAUAGGUGAGCAAAUACAGGAAUAUGAAAAUUACAUCUUCUACCAUAUAGGCAUUAUACCAGGAAUGUAUGGAGUGGGCUUCCUUGUGAAAAAA